AUGUCUUUACCCCACACUCAGAGCCUCAGGUCAGCAGCUGUGGUGGAGGACUGUGUUCUUCAGCUGGACAUCCUGGGACAUGCCCUGGAGGUGCAGAUCAGCAGGCAGAAAGGCCCUGCAGCUGCUCAGGAAAAAGCCAGAUUGAGCAAGAUGAAAAAGGAUUGUGAAAGCAUAUCACUGCAGAUGUCCAAGCUGCAUUUGGAACUGGAGGAGAAGCACAGUUUCGAUUCUUUGCGAAAUGUUGUGGACAAAAAGGAGCAGCAUAAGAAAGAUGAAGAGAAAAAAAGAGAGCUCAUGGAAGAACUGGAGCAGAGAAGAAAACAUCUGCUUGAAAAAGAAGCUGAAGAACAAGCAAGAAAAGUGAGUGAAAAACUAUCCGCCUCUUCCCGUCAGAAAGGCCAGAGUUUGGAAAGCAAACAGGAUUUGAAAAAGAAUAUUGAGCUGCAACUCUUGGCUGAGGAGAAAGCGACUGCUAGAGCCGAGGAGCUGCUCCAGGAUCAGCUGGAUCUGCUGUAUAAAAAGCUGAAGGAGGAGAUGACAGUUCAUGAGGAGUCAGAGAAAUUCCUGCAAGAUCAGCAUGAGGAGCUGCAGCAGCAGCUGCAGAAGUGGCAGCAGCUCACGAAGCAGAUUCAGCAGGAGAAGAAGGAGCAGCUCAUCAGUGUGUGGGGCAAGAAGACCCUGGGCUUCAACAGACUGAUGGAGACGAAGGGGAGGUUCAGGGUGAUGGAGCAGGUGGUGAUGGAGGACAGAGAGGAGCAGGAGAAACUGCGCCAACAGCACGCCAAGGUCAGAGCUGCCACCAAGCUGCAGGCCUGGUGGAGAGGCUGCAUGGUCCGCCGAGGCCUCGGCGGUUUCAAAACAGACGCCAGCAAGAAAGGAAAGAAGAAGGAAGGGAAAAAGAAGAAGAAAUGACUUUCCCAACACAUAGGUCAAAGUUAC